AUGGCGGCGGCGCGGCCACCUCGCUUCCCCACUGCGCUUGCAGGGCUGGUGCUGGGUAAUGGCAGGGGCCACCCCAGGGAGGCGGUGGAGGCGGCGAGGUCGGAAGGCGGCAUGUGGGCGCUGCCCAUCGCCGCGUGCAACGGCCAAAUGGAGGUCUGCAGGUACCUGGUCGAGGUGCUGCGCGUGGAUGUGAACUCCGCCGACGAUGAGGGUAGAACACCUCUCGUUUAUGCGGUCAUCAGUGAAAAUGCUCCUGUUGUCAAGUAUCUUCUUGAUCAUGGUGCUGAUCCAGACAAAGCUGACAAUGACAAGUUAACCCCUCUACAUUCUGCUGCUGGACUAGGAGAUUGUGAAAUGAUAAAACUGUUGCUUGCAAAGGGAGCUUAUGUUGACCCGAUAGCUGAUGAAACUGGGACACCACUGCAUCUUGCUACUAGGGAGCAACAAGUCGCAGCUAUGAAGACUUUGUUGGACCAUAAUGCAGAUUGCAACAAGACGUACAUGAUGUCCGGACUGUAUCCUACGACGCCCCUCUUUGAGGCUGUAAAUGUCUCAUCAGUGGAAUGUGUGAAGCUCCUGGUUGAGGCUGGUGCUAUCAUCAACUCAGAUUGUGUCUCAACUCUUUCACUUGAUUCUACACUGGGAAAUGAUGGCUCAACUGAGUGCUUAAAUUUCUUACUGGAGGCUUGUGCCAACUGUGAUACCCUUGAUGAUGAGAAACAUGAGAAUACAUGGAAAAUAGCACUGUUGAAGUCAUUUGGGACUAAAGCAGUCAAGAGAAAAGAUUUCUAUUCUGCAUCAGCGUUCUACACUAAGGCAUUGGAUCUUGACCCUAAUGAUGCAACCCUGUUCUCAAACAGGAGCUUUUGCUGUCUCCGCAUGGGUGAUGGAGAGGAGGCUCUGCUGGAUGCUCUUAAAUGCAGAGAACUGCGGCCUGACUGGCCAAAGGCCUGCUACCGGCUUGGUGCCGCUCUGAUGUUACUAGAGGACUACGGGAGCGCAUGCAAAACACUUUUGGAUGGACUUAAGUUGGACCCAGAGAAUGCUGAGAUUGAGCGUGCAUUACGGGAAGCUAUGGAAUCUCUGAAGACCUCUAAAGGCACCAGGGCGAGAUGAGUUUGCACCUAUGAAGAUAGAUAGGUGAAGACACCUCUCGUGAAAACAUCCUCUUUUCAAGUCUAGUAAUGACCACUGAAAGUUCUUUUUUGAAAUAUUGCGAGCAGCUUUUAUGAAAUAGUGUGGAGCCACGGUAAUGUGUUUGUA